AUGCAGCAAAAGCAGUACCCUUUCUUAGACUCUGAUGUCUCUGGGAUAUUUGAUGACCUGCUCAAAGAGGGACUUAUCGAGCUACCUGAAAUGAAGCAACCAAAUGAAGCAGGACGAACGGAUGAUCCAAAAUAUUGCAAAUACCAUCAGUUGGUUGGACAUCCCAUACAUGAUUGCUUCAUCUUCAAAGAUAAAGUCAUGCGACUGACUCAAGAAGGAAAGAUAUCCCUUGAAGAAGAUUAUGUUGUCGCAAAUAUGGUUUCCGCUGACUUGAGUGACAUAAUAGAAGGUAUUGAAAUCAUGUAUGAUACAUCCAAUCAAGUAGAUGAAGCACCUGAGCUAAAUGCGAAUGAAGAUGAUGACGCCUUCACAAUCACAUUUUCUGAUGAAGAUAGGCAGCUAGGAUCUGAACCUCAUAACAGACCAUUGUUCGUGAGUUGUUAUACACAGGAACAGAAGGUUAAUCGAAUUCUCAUCGAUGGAGGCUCGGCGGUCAAUAUUUUACCACUAAGGACUUUGAAACAAUUGGGAAUUCAAGAAGACGAGCUAUCAAAUAGCCAAUUAAUGAUUCAAGGUUUCAACCAUGAAGGGCAAAGAGCUCUUGGUACUACAAGGCUACGAUUGCAGAUGCAGGACAUGGACUCCACGGCGUUGCUUCAUGUGAUUGAUGCAAGGACAUCCUACAACAUGCUUCUAGGGCGACCGUGGCUUCACGAAAACGGUGUCAUUCCUUCUACAUUGCAUCAAUGCUUCAAGUACUAUCAAAAUGGCGUCGUGAGAAAAGUGGUUGGUGAUCACAAGCCUUUCACAGAAGCAGAGUCGCAUUUUGCCGAUGCUAAGUUCUAUUUGGAAAGAACUAAAGUGACAGUGGUAGAAAGGGAUAUGCCGCACGGGGAGUCAGGAUCCCGCCAAAAGAAAGAAUCUCGUCCAAAGAUGGAAGAACUCUCAAAGCACUUUGGUCCGAAUGCGUAUAAACUUCUUGUAAACGCCGGAUACAAUCCUCAAGAAAGCUCCACGUCAGGGUCUCAUUUGAGAAAAACUACUAACACGAGCCAAAAUCCCAAGGCAGGCCUAGGAUACACGGUGCAAAGUCCUGUUCGUAUCGCCAUCAAAAGAGCCACGACUAACUAUGCUAGCGCCAAGCAAAUCCAGGAAUCUUCGAACAAUCAAAAAAUUCAAAGGGUUUCUGUCUUCAAAAGGUUGGGUAAAAGAGAAGCUCGACGAAUAUCUGUCUUUAAAAGGCUUGGCAAAGGCAAGUCAUGGAAAAAGGACGUGACAAAAGGGGCCGAUGAAUUGAACAUGACAGAAAAGCUAAAGAGCUCGAUUCCUUCUCGUAUGAAGAGGUGUACCACUUUGCUCGUAUCAUGUGGAAAAGAAUUGAAGGCCAAAAUAAAGACGGUCGUCUUUACACAUGGUGCCGAAGACGACGAAGAUAGAGAGAGUAUAGCUUCAUCUUACUACAUUACUAAUGGUGCUAACAAUCCAAUUUCUCGUACUACUCGAGGUCAAGUGCGUCGUGAAGAUGUUGUUACAUCGAACCAUAUCACCUCAUGUGAGGAAGUGGUUGUCGAAGAAGAAGACACUGAAAUAGCUCCUCAACAGUUUGAAGAAGGAGUUAAGGCUACUGUUGAUGAAUUGAGAGAAAUUAACUUGGGCACUGUUGAAGAUCCACGACCCACUUACAUCAGCGCGUUGUUGACUGUUGAUGAGGAAUACUCAUAUAUUGAAUUGCUCAAAGAAUUCAAAGACAUCUUUGCAUGGUCUUAUAAGGAAAUGCCGGGGUUGAGCUCCAAGAUAGUUGUUCACCAUUUAGCUGUCAGAAAGGAUGCACGACCAGUCAAGCAGGCUCAGCGCCGAUUCCGACCAGAAUUGGUUCCUCUAAUCGAAGCUGAAGUGAACAAACUCAUCGAUGUGGGGUUUAUUAGAGAAGUCAAAUACCCAACAUGGAUUUCAAGCAUUGUUCCAGUGAGAAAGAAAAAUGGGCAAAUUCGUGUAUGUGUUGACUUCAGGGACUUGAAUGAAGCAUGCCCUAAGGAUGACUUUCCAUUGCCAAUUGCCGAAUUGAUGAUCGAUGCCACAACUGGGCAUGAAGCAUUAACCUUCAUGGAUGGAUCUUCCGGUUACAAUCAAAUUCUCAUGUCACCAAAUGAUGAAGAGUUAACAGCAUUUCGAACCCCGAAAGGAAUCUAUUGCUACAAAGUGAUGCCGUUUGGGUUGAAGAACGUCGGUACCACUUACCAAAGAGCCAUGCAUAAGAUAUUUGAUGAUAUACUUCACAAAAAUGUUGAGUGCUAUGUAGAUGAUUUGGUGGUUAAGUCCAAGAAACGAAGUGAUCACCUACAAGAUCUGCGAAUGGUUUUUGAGCGAUUGAGAAAGCAUCAGUUAAAGAUGAAUCCUCUAAAAUGUGCAUUUGGCGUCAAGUCCGGAAAGUUUCUUGGGUUCAUUGUUCGCCAUCAGGGGAUAGAAAUCGAGCAAGCAAAGAUUGAUGCGAUAAUAAAAAUGCCUGAACCUCAAAAUAUCCAUGAUUUGAAGAGUCUGCAAGGAAAAUUAGCAUACUUGAGAAGGUUUAUUUCAAAUUUAGCUGGAAGGUGUCAACCUUUUAGCCAAAUUAUGAAGAAGGGUAUACCAUUUGAAUGGGAUGAGUCAUGUAAAAGCGCUUUCAAAAAUAUCAAAUCCUACCUGAUGCAACCUCCUGUGUUAGCAGCACCUAUGCCAGGACGCCCCUUGAUCUUGUACAUUGCCGCUCAAGAAGGAUCAAUGGGGGCAUUACUUGCGCAAGAAAACGAAGGUGGAAAGGAGAACACAUUGUACUACUUGAGCAGGACAAUGACGCCAAAUGAAUUGAAGUAUACUCCAAUUGAAAAGUUGUGCUUGGCGUUGAUCUUUUCCAUCCAAAAGCUUAAGCAUUAUUUCCAAGCUCACACGGUCCGCCUUGUAUCUAAGGCAAACCCCUUGAAGUUUGUGAUGUCAAGACCUGUCUUAUCCGACAGGCUUGCACGGUGGUACCUUCAGCUUCAGCAAUUCGAGAUCAUGUAUGUUCCCCAAAAGGCUGUGAAGGGACAAGUACUGGCUUAUUUCUUAGCAGAUCACCCAAUUCCUGCUGAGUGGGAGCUAAGUGACGAUCUCCUGGAUGAAGAUGCACUUGCAAUCGAUAUUGCCCAACCUUGGUGGAUGUUUUUUGAUGGAGCAUUCCAUAGAGAAGGAGCUGGUGCUGGGAUCAUAGUAUAUGGUGAUUCCAAAUUGGUGGUUAAUCAAAUACUUGGGCUGUAUGAAGUGAAGAAACCUGAGUUACUGCCAUAUGUCAAGUAUGCUCGGAAGAUCAUUGGGUGGCUUGGAGAUGUGGAGCUUGAGCAUAUUCCAAGAAAUGAAAACAAACAAGCAGAUGCCUUGGCUAAACUUGCAUCCACCAUAGCUAUGGUCAACGGUGAAACCCAUAUACCAGUAUGUGAAAGAUGGGUCGUGCCACCUAUUUUUGAAAAUGAGAAAUGCGAAGACAUCGAAAGCCAUCUUGUUGAAGUUUUCAAAAUUGAAGAAGAAGAUUGGCGCCAACUGUUGGUGGAUUAUCUAAAAUAUGACAAGUUGCCAAGUGAUCCACGCCGAAGGGUUGAUAUUCGGCGGCGCGCCACUCGCUUUAUAUUUUUCAAAGGAAUACUUUAUAGGAGGUCUUUUGAUGGAGUAUUUCUAAGAUGCUUAAGCAAUGAAGAAGCCACCAAAGCUAUGGAAGAAUCGCAUUCUGGCGUGUGUGGUGCUCACCAAUCGGGACCAAAGCUACAUUUUCGAAUCAAGAGGAUGGGCUACUACUGGCCAACUAUGGUGAAAGAUUGUUUGGAUUAUGCGCAAAGAUGUCAAGCCUGCCAAUUUCAUGCGAAUCUGAUUCAUCAGCCACCCGAGCCACUACACCCCACAGUUGCAUCCUGGCCUUUUGAUGCUUGGGGCAUGGAUGUUGUUGGUCCAUUGACAAAAUCAUCAGGGGGGCAUUUAUACAUUCUAGCUGCGACUGAUUACUUCUCCAAAUGGGCUGAGGCAGUACCAUUAAGAGAAGUGAAAAAAGAGACUGUUGCUGAUUUUAUCCAAACCAACAUCAUCUAUCGCUAUGGAGUUUCCCGCUAUGUCAUAACUGACAAUGGAACACCUUUCAGCAAUACGUUGAUAAGUAAGCUCUGUGAAAAAUUUGGCUUUAAGCAGCGGAAGUCGUCGAUGUAUAAUGCGCUAGCAAAUGGGUUGGCUGAAGCAUUCAACAAAACCUUGUGUAAUCUGUUAAAGAAAAUUAUUUCAAAGUCAAAGCGUGACUGGCAUGAACGCAUUGGAGAAGCAUUGUGGGCAUAUCGAACCACUUAUAGAACUCCCACGCAGGCAACACCUUACUCAUUGGUAUAUGGAGUUGAAGCCGUCAUUCCCCUGGAAUAA